GUCAUAUGCGAUUUCGCACUACAAUCUUUAGGUGGCAAAGUCCUCGACACAAGCGCAUUGUAUACUCCCCAACACUUCAGACUGCUCCACUGCUCUCGAUUCACAAAUGACAAACGUGUCUGCAUUCAUGAAUUCACCGACCUCUCUACGAUAGCAUAUAGCGUCAUUUCCUACACAUGGCGCGGCCGGCCGAUGGAUCCCGACGAAGCCGCCCGAGAUCAGGACCGAAUCUUCCAUGUACAUGGCGCAGAGGAUGGAGACCCGAUCAGUCUAGAUGUCCUCCAUCACAUUUGUCUCGCGGCGAUCAGGGAAGGCCUCUCGUACAUUUGGUUGGACAGGCUGUGUAUCAUGCAGGAGAGCCGAGACGACAAGACGUGGCAGAUCGCGCGCAUGCACUCCAUUUACCGCGACUGUCAUGUAUGCCUCAUCCUCCCGGGAGGGUUGCGCCGGAUGAUCGGCUUGGAGGAGGAGACGGAUUAUAUCCAUCGUGGUUGGACCCUGCAAGAAUGCCUUGCACCGCCUCGAUCGCUCGUCCUAUACAAAUGG